GUAGUUUGCAUACAACAACAGAUUGACUUUUUGGUACAGAAAGUGGAAUCUCCCCAUAUGAAUAAACAAUCAAUUAUUACACUUCUGUUUGUUUUUUGCUGAAUAACGUUGGAAGCCAUGUUGAGUGGCCAGGAUAUAUAAAAGGGAGGCGGACCCGAAACACAACACAACCGUCUCAGACUGCACCGCAAACAAAACGGGCGAGUCCCGUGACAGCACAGCGAGAAUUUCAAACUGCGCAACAGCUUUUUGAACCGGGUUAGCGAAACCGAGGAGCGAAAGUAAUACAAGUAACAAUGUCAAUGACUGUAAAGGCCUAUCUGCUUGGUAAGGAAGAUGUCCACAGGGAAAUUCGCAGGUUUACCGUGGAUCAAGGGGUUUCGAGCAGCUUCGAAUACCUGUCCAGAAAAGUGGCGGAGGUGUUCCAGUGCCUGAAGAGUGUGAGCUUCAAUAUGUACUACAAAGGUAAGUGUGGAGGCGAUAGGGAUGCCACCUGGCCCCAUCAUUCCGAAACAAUGCGAGACAGAACAGGAUUCCCGAGAUCAUGUUGUAUUGGUCCGGUCGUGGGCACGCGCUUCAAGUGCACUGUCUGCUCAGACUAUGACCUGUGCUUCCCCUGCCAGGCAAAGGGGAUUCAUCGGGAGCAUCCUCUCCUCCCCAUCUGGUCUCCGUUUCAGAACACCUCGGAGUGGCUCCCUAGGGGGAAGUGGUUGCGCAAGAUGAGACAUGGCUUUCCCCACUGCAUGUGGGCCGGAGCCCAGAACAGGCCCCACUGCAGCCAGCCUGGCCCACAGCCUGCUCAGGAGAACACUACUGGAGAGCCAGCAGGAGCCUCUGAAAACCAGGCUAGUGCGGAUUUUCUGAGAAACAUUGGAGAGGGCGUGGCAGCUUCGCUGAGCCAGCUGGGCAUCGAUGUUGACAUUGACGUUGAGCAUGGUGGGAAGAGGGAAAAAGUGACCCCGACCAAGCCUUCCUUUGAUGGAGCCUCUGCUGCAAACAACGGAAAAACAGAAAAGAGUGGGGAGAGCAGUGCUGCAGAGCCCAUGGCUAGCGACUUGGCAGCAGAUGGGCAGAGUGGAAUACAAAUGAACAACGAGGCCUCCAAGGGGCAGAAACAGCCAGGCUGUGAUGAGGAGUGGACCUACCUGUCCCCAAAGGAAGUAGACCCCUCGACUGGGGAGCUGCAGUCUCUCAGAAUGGAAGAGUUAGACGAGGGGCCCAGCUCCCUAAACCCUUCACUGCAGGGCGCCACCAGGCUGAGAGAGGCUGCUGUUUACCCACACCUGCCCCAAAACGCAGACCCGCGCCUGGUCGAGUCUCUUGCUCAGAUGCUGUCGAUGGGAUUCAGUGAUGAAGGCGGCUGGCUGACUCGGCUCCUCCAAACCAAGGACUUCGACAUCGGGUCAGCACUGGAUGCCAUCCAUUAUUCCAAAUCCACUGCUCCGCCCCACAAAUAGAAAUUAGUCUGUUUGCCCAGAGCUACAGAGCACUAGUGUUUAUUGCAUUCCAUUGACCUGUAGCCACUUCAGCACACUACACUCAGUUGCAUCAUAUUACUGACUGAUUAUGUUCUACAGUUUUCAUUCGCCACAGGAGGAUGUCCCAGUAAAUCACAGGCUCCGACAGGUGCAGGUGGUUUUAUGUAAGGACAUCUUCCUAAGGAGAAAAAAAACUGUAUACCACAAACGGUCAGUAAGUAUUCUUAUUAUACCACAAGUAGAGACUUAACCAGAGGGACAGUUGGUCUAUAAUUUAAAUAAAUACUGAAGGAAUUAUCAAUGUCAAUUAAAUACAUUUAACAAAAUAGUAAUGUCCUUCUAAACUGUGUAAAGCAAAUGUCUGAAAGUUAAACAUUGUCAGUUUUAUUUGCUAAAGUAUGUUUUGGCUUCUAUUAAAAUGAACUGGGCAAAGGCGAUUAUAACAUGUUAUAACUAUAUACAUGGAAAUUUCAAUAUAAUACUCUGAUCUUUGUUUCUAUCCUAUCUACAAAUAAACAGUGCUUCAGAA